AGCCAUUUACAGCCUCAAAGCGCGUGUUGGUUAUAGCUAUAAUUGCUUUAGAAGACUUAUGAAAUCGACGAUCUUGGCACUAUGCCUUGCCAAUUCUGUACUCCUUGUGGCAGCUGAUGAGAGGGCAGCUGGAACUUUAUCGGAGAUGUUGGCCAAAAUCCGCUCUGAGGAGUUUGAGAACAACUUUUUUGUGGGAGAUGCCUUUCUGGAGAAACCCACGCCUGGAAAGGAAUCAGCAGCAGGAUGUAUACUGGACAAGGUGGUUGCCAUCGUCAAAGAGAACGCUAUGACGGACUCUGCGACUGUGAAUGAGCUUCAGGUGGAUUUGGCCGCCUGCUGCACUCACGACUCCCAGGACUGUGUUGCAGAUGUGUCCUCGGCAUAUGCGUUGCUGGAGGCGGUCAACAGACAGCAGCUGGACGCCCAAACCACAGCCCCCAAGGUCGCGGCGAUGCUGAUCCGGGCAGUGGAAAAGCGAAGCUCCGAGGAGAAAAUCCGAGAAACCCACAGGCACUUCUUCGGAAAAUGUAAAGAUGUAGACGAGUGUACAAUGAAGGCACUUUUUGUAGAAUCUACAGAGCUUUGAGGUUCGUGGAAGCGUUGCUGCGCUGAUGCGCCAGAUGGAAUGUCUUGAAAUAGAUCGGGCAGAUGUCAUCAGCAGGGGGUUGAAAUGUCAUGGUUGAUAUGUUUGAAUGCUUAUCCUGAACAGUUGCGGCCACAUUAGUUGAUGAUUUUAGAAACAAAACAUAGCAUAAGAUGAUUUUGGACAUUUACCGGCAACAAUUCCCAGCAGAGUCACC